UGUGGUAAGGGAUAGACCGCUCUGCCUGCCGGUCUCCCUGGCCCGCUCCCUUCACUAUCGCGCUCUACCAGUCUAUUAGACUUAGCGACUUUGAACAACGAUGGACCUGGCAAAAAUGUAACUUAGUAGAAAACUAGCGCUGUUCUGUCGCUGCGUAGAUGACAAAUGAUUAUGAACUGUAGGAGAUGAUAGAAUGGAUUAGAGUUAGUGCGCGUUUACGGUGGUGACAGGGAGGACAAGUGUAACACUAGACCAGCGUGCUGGGGACCACCCCAGGCAUACGGAUUACCGCAAAUAGACAGUGGACGACGGCUCCUCUUAACCCAGGGUCGUUUGGAUUACGUGUAGACAACCUGGAGGGGGUCAUUAUUACCUGGUGAAAAGAGUAGUGAUAAUUGUGUCUACCUGAGGAAAAUAAUCGAAAAAACUGUAGUUUGGAAAACAAAAGUUAAUAAUUUCUAUACCUAGAAAUUUCCAGUUUGUGCAUUGCAAUACAAUAUUUUACAUGUGUCUGAAAGAUUACUGAGUAGGAACUUGACCUUUGAUCAAGUACACAAUAUGUGUGGCAAAAGGUGUUAGUUCCAACAUUAUUUCCAGACACAAAAAACAAAAGGAAAAAAAUAAAUUAUGAAAGCAAAAGCCUAAGGCGAACACUUCGUUGUGAACCGUCAAAGUCCGCCACAAUAACGACAACGUUUCAACAAAAGAUUAGAACAAACGAACAGCCUCAGGUGAUCGUUACAUUGCUAGUUGUUCUCUAGGCUGAGGUAAAAUACUGUUGUAUAGCUCAUGACGACCCCUGCAGUCAACUAUGUGUAAGGCAACAUUAUUUAGCCUGGCAGGAGCGUGGCUGUGCGCGCGGUAGCUGUUGCCCAUGUUAGAGUAGCUGUAGUGGCACAUUACCAACAGUAGCGGUGAAACGGUGCCAUUAAAUAAAGAAGUUUAGUGAAGGAAACAGUGACAAUAAGAUAAAGCUAUCUUGACAAUAGUACUAGUAUCGUAGACAAGAGUAAUAGAAACAGUUCUAACAGCAGUGACCACAGAACUAUUAGCAGUGAAAACAGUACUUGGAGCAGAGACAAUAGCACCAACAAGAAGAGGAGGAGCGAGGGCAGGAGGUGGGCAGGAGGGUGGGAGGAGUGGGCACUAAGCAGGUGUGGGAGCGGGUCCAGCUGUUUCGAGGGCCCGACUGCCGCUGCUGCUACCCGCUACCACUGCCCACCAUCGAUCACGGCUCACCAGCACACGCGCCCCGCGCCUCCCCUGCCACGUGCUCCACACACCUGCGCGCCCUCACGUGUGUCUAGUACAUGUGGUAAGUUUAUAACGACGGGCAGGGCUGGCAGGCACCUGGGCCGUGGGGCCCUUGUGGACACGGAUCAUGGACACUUGAAGAGGCAGUGUGAGCACCUGUCAACCCACACACGUGUCCCAAUGCUUCCCAUUGCCCCUGCCGCUCACACUCUUAUACGCCCUGGCAUGUUGCUGGUGCUAUUGGUGUUGGUGGGCGGCGUGGGCGGCCGCCCACCCGAGUGUGAGUGGAAGUUGGAGAACGCCGGGGUGACGGCUGGGGGCAACGGGCAAGUCCGCACCAGCUGCCACAUUCGGACGCUAAGUCGAGCGUUGUUGACGGCAGGCAGCAGCAACACCUCGUUGUCGGUCCUGACUCGUGCCAUCCACGUGAACAUCCUCACACUGCACUGCUCAAGGCAGGUUGUCUUUGAGUCAGAAGUUACAGCAGGGAUGUUCACUGUGUUCCCAAAGCUGGAGGACCUGCAGAUCCUCGGGUGUAAAGUGACGGAGCUUCCCCCGCACGUCCUGGCAGGCCUCCCACACCUGAGGCGCCUCACGCUGCGGGCACACCACCAGGACUGGCCUGGGGCAGCACUCACAGUCCAUCCUGACGCCCUUGUUGAUUUGAGUCGACUAGAGGCCCUCGACCUGGCCCACAAUGCCCUAUGGUCCUUACCACCGGCUGUGUUGUGCCAACUGCCCUCCCUCACCACUCUCAACUUGACGCACAACCGAUUGCACCACCUACCUGACCUCGGCCUGGGCCCUCACCGGAUGCAGGGAGAGGAGAGUGACCUGCCUGCUGGGUGCUCGUUACCGCUGCAACACCUCGACCUCUCCCACAACCAGGUUUCUGAGGUGCCUGAGCGAGCCUUCAUCAGUGCCAGGGACCUCCGGACUCUCUCUGUCAGACAUAACCGCGUCGCACACCUCGCCGAUUGGGCCUUCGGUGGUUUAAAUUCACUUGUAAGAUUAGACUUUUCUCACAAUCGCUUGGUGGCAGUGCCGAGGUCUGCACUAACAGACUUGAGGCAGUUAAAGGAACUCAAUCUCUCAAACAAUUCUCUUAGUGUCCUAACCCCUGCAGCCUUUAGCAGUCUGGGUCAGCUGCAAACUCUAGACCUCAGUCACAACCAACUUACCUUGGGGACCAGCAAUGUGGAGCCUUUCAACGGUCUUAUUCGUCUGGUGGUUCUGAACCUCUCGUACAACCUCCUGGUACACCUGGGCUCGGAUACCUUUAAGGACUUGUACUCCCUCCAGAAACUACAUCUGGAAUACAAUAAUUUGGAUCACCUCUCUGAUGCCACCUUCGCUGGUCUGGCCAACUUACAUACAUUAGACAUGUCGCACAACCAACUGACAACACUUUCCGGCAGAGCUCUUCAAGGUUUAGCUGUAUUAACUCACUUAUCUCUCGACCACAAUAAGCUGGAGACUGUACAUACAGCAGCCUUGGACAACUGUACAUCUUUACACUAUUUGAGUCUCGCCCACAAUGAGCUGCUUGUCCUGCCGGAGGCUGUGAUGCGAGCUCCACUUUUAAGAGUACUUGACCUGAGCCAUAAUCAAAUUCCUUGUAUUGAGGAAGGUGUCCUUCAUGGCCUCGUGCAUCUCCAGGAGCUCCGGAUGUCUCACAACGUCUUGAAUAAUGUAAGUAAGGCCUCCUUGGCCGAAGUCCCAUCACUCAGCUACCUUGACCUCUCUCACAACGCCCUAACGGACAUUGAAUAUGGGGCAAUUGAGGCCACGCCCAAGCUCAUGGGUCUCGACCUCCACCACAAUUAUUUGGGGGACAUAAACGCCCUGGUGACUCUCCUUCAGAACCUCACCUGGCUUAACGUCUCACACAACAGCAUUUCCUGGUUUGAUUAUGCCCUCAUUCCGAAGAAUCUGGAAUGGAUAGAUCUAAGUUACAACCAAUUGAGUAAAUUAGAGAACUACUACGAGGUUCAGAAAACUCUUGGACUUAGGAUACUUUAUGCUGCACAUAAUAACAUCUCUGAUAUUAAUGCAGAAGUUGUUCCAGAUGGCAUAGAGGAACUUCAUCUUCAGCAUAAUGCCAUCUCUUAUGUGGCCUCCAAUACCUUCCUAGACAAAACCAAGGUCUUGCUCAUUGACUUGCGGUACAACUUGCUAACGAUUCUGGAAGAGGCAGCAUUGAGGAUUUCGUCUCGAAAAACACCUGCUCCCCACCUGAUGCUUUCCCACAACCCUCUUCAGUGUGAUUGUGCUGCAGACUGGCUCUUGAGGGCUGCUGGCGCAAGGAUUGGGGGUCCAGUGGGUGGGGGAUCUAUAUUACCACGCCUAGGAGAUGUAGGAUCCGUCGAAUGUCGCUUACCAGGCUUGUGGGAGGAAGCCGUGGUGCCCUUGAUAACUGUACAACCACAACAGUUCCUCUGCACAUACCGUCGACACUGCUUUACACUCUGCCACUGUUGUGACUUCGACGCGUGUGAUUGUGAACAGACGUGCCCCAGGAACUGCACCUGCUACCAUGACCAUACAUGGACGCACAAUGUAGUAGACUGUGGUGGUGGUUGGACUCAUAUGCCCUCAGGAGUACCUAUGGAUGUCACUGAGGCCUUUAUGGAUGGCAACUCCAUGGGUGCUUUGACUUCUCAUGCCCUCAUUGGCCGUAAAAACUUGAGGGUUCUUCACCUCAACAACUCCGAAAUCACUGUCAUUCAGAACCGAACUUUCAACGGGCUCAAGAACUUACAGGUAUUGAGGCUCGAAAAUAACAGAAUGGAGGCCCUGCAAGGCUUUGAGUUCGUUGAUCUGCAUGGCCUUCGUGAGCUUUACUUGCAGAACAACCACUUGAAACACCUGAGCAACAUUUCCUUCUCUCCACUACGAGCAAUAGAGUUGCUGCGGUUGGAUAACAACUUACUAAUGACCUUCCCAGUGUGGAACCUUGCCCUUAACCCCUUUCUGCUAGAAGUAAGCCUCUACCACAACCCUUGGAGUUGUGAAUGUAGUUAUUUAGCUAACCUCAGGGCUUGGUUGGAAGCAAACCGCAUCAAAGCAACCAAUGCCAGUCUUAUUCGCUGCCAUCACAACAGCACUGGUACAGAGGGUCCUGCAGUGCUCUCUGACACGCCCGUGAGGUGCGACCACUACGUGGCCACCACCAGAAUCAAUAACCUCAUUAUUCAUGACUACGUUAUGCUGAUGCUCAUCACGGCCGCGCUGCUGCUCCUGUUGCUGGCUGCCGCCAUUAUGGUGGUGGCUUACCGCCGACGCCUAAAGCUUUGGGCAGUCAGCCGCUAUGGUAAGCGCCUGUUUGAAAAGUCCUCUGCUUAUGUUGAGGAGCGAGAAAAACUCUUCGAUGGAUUUGUCACCCACAGUGCCAAAGACUCAACCUGGGUGUGCGGUCUCAUGGCUCCUGAACUGGAGGCGUUGGGAUACCGGUUGUGUGUGGCUCACCGUGACUGCACAGCCCCUUCAGCACCUGUGGCAGGUCGAGCCAUUGCUGAGAGCAUCGCUUGCAGCCGUCGCGUGGUGGUGGUAAUCUCCAGGGGACUGGUGGACGCCGAGUGGUGUCGCUACGACUUCAAAAGUGCCCAUGUCGAUGCUUUAAGGGGACUUCGACAUCGAAACAUCCUCAUCGUCAUGUUGGAAGACGUGCCAAGAUCAGAGCUCGACCCUGAACUAGCCACCAUUGUUCGCACGGCGGGCACUAUACUUCAUCCGCGUGACCCUCGGUUCUGGGAUAAGUUACGGCGAGCGAUGCCCUCGCUGCGCUCUCAUCGCUUGCCUCCAGGACUUUCUGCAACUCUUGGAGGGAAGGCGGCUAGUCGGCCUCUUGUGGCUGCUGAACAGCAGAAUGGUCCUUCUUGGCCUCUACCAGAGACCAAGACCUUGGGCCGUACCCCUACUAAGUCCCUUACUGUCAACCCAUACUGGGAGACGGCCGUGGGUAACAACGUGUCAGAAGCGGCGGCGUGGGCGUCGAGGAGGGGACCAGACCUUGGGGCACCUCCUUGGUUGCACAGCCCCACGAAACCUCCGUCCCCAGCUCCAACUAAUGAGGCGAGAAAUGGCGUGGCGUCGCCUCAAGGUUCCUCAAGCGUCCCCGAACACACGUACAUGAGUGUGAGCGAGUGUGGGGAGGUCAGAGCUUCAUUACUUCCCGCCAGCACCCUCUCUACGCUGGCUGGACCAAACUCCUUGGCCAGCGACAGCCCCUCGCUGGGUGGUAGAGGGACCGGAGGGGAAGGGGGGAGUGUUUCUAGGCCCACCGCCCCACCUCUGUUCCGUCGAGAUGCCCCCGACUACCUCACCCGCAGCUGGAUCUUCCACCCACCCCCCAACGAGCAACCUCCCCCGCCGGGCCAGACGUACUUCGUCUAGGGCUCACCGCCUCCACCUAUGCACUCCCUCCAGUCGUCCCCACCUUUCGAGUGCUGAUAACCACGCCCUCCCCGCCCGCCCAUUAAGCUUUAGCUGCAUCUCGUCCAUAUCAUAUCCCCAGCAGCUAGUGUAGCCUUACGCCCGCCUGCCUAGCCCACCCUGGCACUGCUUCCAGUCUUUGUUUAGGUCUAUUUUUCAGACCACAAAACCCACAGCAUCUCCCAACUCAGAUAAUCCUGGCAUUCGGGUCCAUUAACCCUGUUCCUGACCCACCCAACUCAUCUCCUUUUUCCCCCUCUCCACUCCUCCAUGUCCUCAACACCUCACGCGAGGGAUUGGCCCGCACACAUUCCGCCCACACCCACAGUCUACAACGCCCACGGCCGCCCCAGGUGUCGCCGCCCGCACGAUCGUCGCGACACCUGAGGCGACAGUGGAGUACACAGCUGUGAUGCAGAGAAAGAGUCGCCCCAUCAGUGCUUUCUGAACUGUGUUGGACACUGUUGUAACCAGUGGACACACCAGAGUUCUCUCAGCUCUUGUGCAAGUUUCACCAAAAUGAAUCUUUGUAGAUAAAGGCAAUAAGGGAAAAUUUGUUUAGCUUCGAGGUAUCAAUUUAUAAGCUUAGCCAGAAGCUGUCAAUGUGCAUAUAACUACUGAGUGAGUCGAUGGUCGAGCAGCGGCGCGCGGAGUGUAUGUGUUCUGUCCUUGUUGCCAUGUCCGGACUCUGCUUCACCUGAGUAGGAUGGUAACAAUCCACGCCAGGUUGACUACGGCAGUUAGCAAGUGACUUACAUGUAGAAGUGCCAAGGGACGCGCUGCGCAGAAACCCAGCAGGAUUUUUUAUUGGUUUUUGUUCCAACUGAAGAACUUGCAAAACGUAUCCCAUGUCCACCCACUGGACACCAGGACUUAGCAGCUUAUAUUCUUCUCCCUCCCCGGCCCCUCCUACACCCGGGGGUGCGCCCCCCUACUGUGUGGGGACUAAGUGACGCACGAGAAGGAGGAAGCUGAGCAACUCCUGCUAUGUAUAUCUCAUUGGAUCUUCCACAUUUUCUUACCCAUUAAAUAUAUUGUAAACUUCACUUCGAAUCUGAGCGAUGAUGACUA